CAACGGUCAAACCACAAAUCAAGAAAAUACACAAACCAUUCACCUAAUUUAAUUAUUUUAUACAAUUUAUUAUACACUCAAAAAUCUGAUUCACUGAAUUAAAAUUUUGGAAUUUUUUUCUCUUUUUCUAAUGUAUGUGUUAUAUAUAUAUAUAUAGGUGUAUAUAGGUACAGAGAGAAGAUGAGGAGAAUGAUUCAGCAAAAAAUUCUCAUUCUCUACUAAAGAAUCAGCUUCGAAAGGGGAAACAAACAUGUUUUUGAUUCUGGGUCAUUCUUGUUCGAAUCUUUUUUUAGUUGUUGUAGUGUUAUCAGCUACUUGUUUUUAUUCUUGUUGGGUUUUGUAUGGAGAACAAGUCCAAGGUGGUGGUGGUGGUGAUGGUCAGCAUAACACUGUCACUCUUUCUAGCUUCAUUUAUACAACUACUGUGCUUAGACCUUAUCAAUGGCGAUACAUUAGUGUGGACUUACCACUAUGGUUCUCCUCGGUGACUAUUGCUUUGGAAUCCAGUGUCGGCAUUGAUCUGAAAAGAUUUGGAAAAGUAAGUACUUUGCCGAUGCUCUGCUUCCGAGAAGGAAGUCCUCCCCUUCCAGAUGUUUAUAAUACUUCUUAUACUGGUCUAGUGUUAGACUAUAUUUCCAAUAGUUCCUUUGGUGGGUCAGAAGAUCUUCAAAUUGUUGAGAAGUGCUAUCCCAUGCAGAAAACAAUAUCCUUGAUGUUGACAAAUGAGCAGAUUCGACCAGGAAUAUGGUAUUUUGGGCUAUUUAAUGGCAUCGGACCUAUAAGGACACAAUCAAAAAUGAUUAAUCGAGGACAUUCGUACUCAUUCAGUGGUAAUAUAACUGUGGAAGGGUGUAGAAAUUCAGCUGUGUUGGGAAAAUUCUGCAACCAAACAGUUAGUUUACUCUCAUGUUUGGACACCUAUAUAUCUCCUGAAAAUGGAAUCGGUAGCCAAUCUUAUAGAACUGCAGUAAAUGCGACUCCCUGUGGAGGUACCGAGAACAGCUGUCUUGACGUUGCUGGGUCAAAAGUCUACUCAUUGGAUGUAGUGAGUAUUGCUGAGGAGCUGAUAAUCACAGCAUUAAAUGUCACGUCCACUCAGUCGCGGCAUUCUAAUGGAACCAUCAGCCGUGGGAGUGGAAUUACCCUAAUGUGCUAUGUUCGGCAUGGGGCUAUACCGCUGCCACAACUGUAUGAUUAUUCUGCUGACAUUAACGGACCCCCCUUGGUCAUACCUUUACCAAGGCUUGGUCGUUGGUAUAUUAGAAUUCAGCCAGCAAACCUUUCAGAAAGCACGGUGGUAAUCCAAGAAAUGAGCACUGCAAUAUGCUAUUCAUUGGAAUGGCAAGUACUUCAGUGUCCUGCAGAUAAGGCUGGAUUGAACUGUACAACAGCAAAAUACACACUUCAGACUUUUCUGAAGAAAAGCCCAUCUGUUUUUGCAUCUGAUUAUCUACCUAUCAGUGGAAAAGUUUCCUCUGACUCUGCUAAUUUCCCUUUGGGACCUCUUUUGAGUAAUUCCUCUGGUGGGGAGAUGACGAAUUACACUUGGACCUUUUUCCUUCUGGACAUUCCCGAUGCUGCUGCUGGCGGAAAUAUCCAUGUCCACCUUACAUCAGAAGCAAAGAUAAGUGGGGAAAUAUAUGCCAGAUAUGGUGGAUUUCCAUCUCUUAGUAACUGGGAUUACUUUUAUGCAAACAGCACAAGCAACAGCAAUGGUUCCAUGUUUUUUAAGAUAUAUGAUGCAAGUGAUAAAUCCGUUAGCUUUUAUAUCAUAUAUCCUAGAGGAGGAACGUGGUGUCUUGGGUUAAGGCACCCAAUUUUGAACGGGCAUAGUUCGACAACUGAAACUAUCAUGUCUAUCUCACUAGAGAGAUGCCCAGAGACGUGCUCUUCGCAUGGGCAAUGCAAGCACGAGUUGGAUGCAAAUGGUCUCACAUUGUACAGUUUCUGUGAUUGUAAUCGACGCUAUGGAGGCUUUGACUGCAGUAUUGAACUGGUUUCUUCUUCAGGACGAGUGCUGAAAACUCAUGUAGGGCACAUGUGGCAAUCAAUUUCCCUUAUUGCAUCCAAUGCUGCAGCUUUGCUACCUGCUUAUUGGGCCCUCCGUCAUAAGGCAUUUGCUGAAUGGGUUCUUUACACAUCAAGUGGUAUCUCUAGUGGCCUAUAUCAUGCAUGUGAUGUUGGCACUUGGUGUCCAUUGACCUUUCAUGUCUUACAGUUCAUGGAUUUCUGGCUAUCUUUCAUGGCUGUUGUCAGUACUUUUGUGUACUUGGCUGCUAUUGAUGAAGUUUCAAAGAGGACGAUUCACACUGUUGUCGCAAUCGUAACAGCCCUCAUGGCUGAAAGUGGACCAACCAGGUCCUCGAACAUUAUUCUUGUCGUGGCUAUUGGGACUUUGGGACUGGUCAUUGGGUUCCUCAUUGAGUUCUUUACUCAUCAUAGGUGGAUCUCCUUUUCAGCAGAACUUUGUUUGAACAUGCUCAACAGAUGGCAAACUGUAAAAGCAUGGAUUCAUAAUUUCAUUCGGUCACUUCUGAAGCGCUUUCGGUGGGGCUUUAUACUUGCGGGAUUCAUUGCAUUAGCAAUGGCUGCUAUUAGCUGGAGAUUAGAGACAAGUCAAACUUACUGGAUAUGGCACAGUUUAUGGCAUGUUUCAAUAUAUACUUCUUCAUUUCUUUUUCUCUGCUCAAAAGCAGCAGCAGUAAACUGUGAGAAUGAACAACCUCGAUCAGAGAACUAUGAGUUGGCUCGACAAAAUUCUUUCACUGGUAGUAAUGAAAGAGAUGGUAGAUAGUUUAUAAUAGAAUCUACUUUAGCCCAAGCACAUAAUAUAUAGAGCUGUCGAUGCUGAGAAUGUACAAUGAACUAUACCAUGAAGGCACUUCUCUCCGUUAGGAAGGUGAUUAGUGGAUAAGGAAAAGCAAAUGUUUGUUAGUCGUUCUUAACAAUCAAAAAAGAAAAGUUUAUUAGUUGUUCUCAAAGAGAUUUUUUUUCUUCUUUAAAGUUUUCCGUUGGCAGGGACACACCAGCUGUGUCCUGUUUUAUGUAACAUUGUUUAUAGGAACCAAAAGCAGGAAAGGUCCAUUUUGUAUAGUCAGGAAAGUUAAAACAUACAAUAGGCAAGAUGAAAAGAUUGGUGCAAGAGAAAGGUCCAAGGUAUAGUACCUUUGCUUCAUUCUUUCUCCGUCACAGCAAUACUGGUGGCAGAGAUGCAAGUUAGACCACACAAGUUCAUAUAUUGGUGAAGUCUGUAAAGAAACUGGUCCAAUGAGGAGUCUUGUUUAUAGAGUCCCAUAUAUAUUGCUGCAA